AUGUUAUUUAUGGAAUCGUAUAUGUGCUAUUGCUCAGUGCGUUUGGGUGUCAUCAUUGUGGCGGUACUAACAAUUCUACGAUGCAUGUCCUUGAGCAUUGUGCUGUUUGUGUUGGGCGUUAAAUGUUUUGAACCUUUAAUCGAUUUAUUCGAACACGAUGCGGACUAUAAGGAUCGCAAAUUGGUGCGCAAACUAAUCAAUUGGAUCGAAAAUUCGCCUGAAGAUUUUCUUCUGACAAUGCAGAUCAUGUUUUAUGCACACAUUGCUGCAGCCAUUUUGAGCAUUUGGGGUUCCUUAAAGUUACAAAAAUGGUUGGUGAUGCCCUUGGCCUCUUUUGAGUUGAUGUACUUUCUACAGUUUACCAUUCAACACAUUUUUCUUAUGAUAAUGCUGAAAAAACAAAUCAAUUUGGGUUUGCUUAUAAUUCUAACCCUCAUAGGCAGCUUCUAUAUACUUUUUGUUGGAUAUAACGCCAUCACCUGUGUAGCCAUGUUUCAAGUCAUUUCGCUGGUGCGCAGCCCUCAGUAUCGAGAGCUCUAUGGCGAUGAUCCGUUUCAUCCGCUUGCCACGAGGCCACGAGACACUUCUGUGCAGCAGCUGCGUGUGCUCAAAAUGGACACCGACAAUGACACGGACAUUGAUGAGCAGAAGCGUUUGUCCAAGCUGGGCCUGUGGCCGCGUCGACAUCCACAGGUGGUUUCCGUAAUACCUGUGCAGGCGCCGUAUCCAGCCCUCAAGUGGUGGCAACUACAGGCCAUGGACACGGGCCAGGAUAAGCUGCAGCUGGACUCGUCCGCUGUCUAUCGUAACUGGCAGCAGUCGGAGCUAAUCAAUGGCGUGGGUGGUGAAGUGCAGCGAAAAAAUGCACUGAAUCGUCGCUAUGCAGAAAGUCAAAUGCAUCGAUGGUACUAG